CUUUACGUUCAACGAAACAGCUCUUCGCCACUCCAACUACCAACCGGUGCUCUUUGACCAUCUUGCCAUCUCGCUCCUCCCACCUCAAAAGAAAGUCUCAGAGGGAGAAGAAACAAAAACUCUUCCUCCUACUCGAUCAAGAAUCACUCUCCCUUCCUUGCACUCCGAGCUCAUGAAACUCCAAUCUCUCCAUCAAUGAUGGGAGUAUCCUCUAAUAUGAGCAUCGAAAGAAGAAUCCUCGAUCCCCUUCUCUCGAGAGGAAGAUCCACUUCUUGGAUCUCCGCCGAACUCCGGAACAAGCUGCAGUUUCUCGGUUUGACAUGUUCAAGCGGCAAUGGCGAUGGCCGAUCUCCUCGGAUCUUGCCGGAAGCGCUGGCCGACGGUCGGCUCGACUACGAUGACCCCAUGGCAUGGGCGGGGUGCUCCUCCAUGGAACGGCCGCACGGCGCUAAUGAUCGGGCAUCGGAGCUGGAGUACGGAACGGCGGUCACGUUCGACAUCAAAUUUGGUCCGAUGCGACCUGCGAAUCGCUUCGAUGAUCGAGGGUUUCUCUCAUUUGUCACCUCGGAAUGACGAGUUCUGAGUCCACAUGUUCUUGGUGGUUGCCUUCAGUUUCAUCCUUGUAAGUUGGAAUCUUCACUUAUAUUGGAUUGCAGAAAAGGUUAAAAAUGGGUGUGGCUAUUUCAUUGUUUUCGAGAUUCAGAGACAAGUUGAUGAGCAUCCUAAUCAACGGUGGGGAGACUUCCACUGUUAGCAAGCAUGGAAACCCAGCUCAGUUCCAUGAUUGCAAGCAUCCUCAUGGACAAAGGGGAACAGGAGAUAGUGGCAGUCCCUCUUUAUUAAGUGCAGUACAAACAAAUCAGCUAUUGCAGCAGAAGGAUAUGUUGGCAGCCAAUCAUGGUCUUGCUGAUAAUGUUGUGGCUGCACUGGAAGGAUCACAGGCUGAUGUUCAAUGGAGCACUUGGGGACUUCCUCCUCGGUACCCUUCAAUUGCAAGAAACAUAUCAGAAGCUACCUACGAGGGAGGGAAUUAUAACAAACAGGAAUACAUGAAUAUCCUUGAGUUACCUAUUGGAUCAGGUGGGACUGGAUCUGGCUCACAUGAUGCUUCGGUUUUGCAUGAACAUCCUUCUGAGUGGAGCAUUGAAUCAAUGCCAAACUCGGAAGGUUCAAUGAUCUUUAGACCAAAGGGUAGUCAUCCUUAUCCCGGUCAAGGAUUUGAAGACACCAGGAACAAUCCAUCUGCAACAAGUCCACCAAAUAACGAAGAGUUACUGAAGCAAAACAAUUAUGGAGAGCCAAGCAAAUAUUUGUUUGCUGGUAUGUUAGCCUCAGCUUCGACUGCUGUUCCAAGUGCUGCUACAACCCCAUUAUGUGCUGAAGGGUUGGAUCCUUUCACCAUUGCAGCUGUAACUCCAACAACCGAAUUCACUAAGAAAGUAAUGCAUGAGACAGGAGGUUUUGGAAAGAAGCAACACACCAGAGGUCCAGGACCAGACAGGACUUGUUUGAUUCCACAUGUUAUUACCAUUAGGACUAAUGAGGAUACUUCGAUCAGGAUGAGACAAUUAAAGCAGGAAAAAUCAAGCUGUGCCAGAGGAGAACAUGUCAAAAGAUUGGACGUCGGACCAGUGGAUCGGUCGACGUAUUGACAGAAGGCUUCGGGUCGUGGAUUAAGGCAUCGGGCCAAGAAGAGCGGAUAUUGCGCUAAGGAUAUCGAAGUUGCGGAAUCAACUGGCCGAUUGGGCAAUAGGCCACAAGAGAGGACGAUGCGCCGAAGAAUCGGACGAAGCGUCGAGGGACCAAUGACAUGCCGGACAACUUGAUUAAUGCUUAGUAUUAAUUGUCUAGAUCGAAGUAUGUUUUUACAUGUGUAGGAUUAACUACGAUAACAAGGCAUGAAGCAAAAUGAAGCCCCAGAGUCAAGGACGCGAUUUCGUUGGGAGUUCGAGAGUUCGUUGGAAGUCCGGACAUUCGUCGGAAGUUCUGGCGGAACCAGCCGAGAAGUCUCGGAGCUUGCCAGAGAAGCUCGUCGGAACUCGCUAAGAAGAUCGUCGUGAAGUCCAGGAGCUUGUCGGGAGUCCGCCGGAACAUUGCCGAGAGAUCGUCGGAAGUUCGCCGGAAGAUCGCUGGAAGCUCACCGGAAGAAUAGACAUAGGGACUUGUUUAGCUUAGCAAAUGUCUUAGGAUUUCAUAGUUAGCACGUAAUUGGGCUUAGAUUUGGGCCAACCCAAUUAGGGGCCAGCCAGGCCCAUGUAAGAACUGUGUUGGGCCCAAUAAGAAGCCCAAACAGUGCCCCAAGAAAUCUCACCGUCGUGGCACAGUCUUCGAGACUAUGUCAGGCGGUGGUACCACCAGUCUGGGCGGUUGAAUCGUCCCUGGCAGGGUGUUAGGCGGUGGUACCACCCAACACUAACCCCCAGGCGAUGGUACCGCCCAGGGCAAUGUCAGUCAAACUGACACUAGGCGGUGGUACCGCCCGUGCUCGGAGAACCCAGGAUGAGAAAGUUUUAGGCUCCAAGUUUGAAUCAACUUGAAGCCUAUAAAUACCCCUCUCAUCCCUGGUUAAAGCACACAAGCACAGAUAGUCUAAAAGCAAAGAAACGUCGUUGCAAUCUCUUAGAAAUUCCCUCCUCAAACUCUAAGUGUUAGAAUUCUAUUUAAGAGAGGAGAGUGAGUGCUUGUAAGGGUUAUCUCCUAAACCCGGUAAAAGGAGAAGAGGGGUGUAAAAGGUGAUUGGCCUUCGCCUAUUGAAGGAAGGCUUCUAGUGGACGCCGGUGACCUCGUCGGAGGAGGAAACCGAAAGUGGAUAUAGGUCACGUUGAUCGAACCACUCUAAAAACUGGUUUGCAUUUACAUUUGUGCAAUUUAUCUUUACCGCAAACCUCUUUAAGUGCUUACUGCCUUCAAUGCUUUUACGAACUAGCUUUCAAGUUAAGUUUCCGAAAACGGUUUUACGUCGGAAAUGGUUUUAUCGUACGAAAGUUUUUAAAUCAUCGUUAUCUUACUGCUGCACUAAUUCACCCCUCCCCCCCCCCUCUUAGUGCCGACUCUUGAUCCUAACACAAUCUUCAUACUUGUCUCCUCUCAAACCGGUACGCAUAUUGAUAUAACAUUGCAAUAUGUCGUUGAAGAUAGAAAAGUUCAUUUCCACUUUUUCUAUAGCAGUAUGAGCAGACAGCUAAAUUUAGCGAUAUGACCAGGCUAAUCUGGCUUCCAUUCCCAAACAUAUACACCUAGAUUUUGGAAAUAUUAAUAUUGUGCCUUCUAAAUCCGAAUGUUCCUGUUUUUGUUUCCUGGAUUCGCAUUAAUCAUACAUUUACUUAUUAUCACAAACUUCUGCUCAAAGAGUAGGUGAUGAAUCAGCAAAUUCAAAACAAUCCUUGCAAGUCAUGUCUUAAGGCCUUACUCUUCUUAUAACAUCCUGUCUUUAUUCCAGGAUAUAUAUUCAAAGAUAAUUUCUUUCUGCCAAAAAAGUGGGUCAAAUGCAGUUUGCAUUCUUUCAGCAAAUGGCACUGUUUCUAGGGUCACACUUUUGAAGCCAGCAGCAUCUCUUGGAACAAUAACAUAUGAGGUUAU